GUUUGUAUCUAUGGAAUGCAUUUAUUCUGGAAAUUUGUGUGCUGUUUUACAAAAAGCUUUUAUAAUCAAUUUAAAAAAAAAAAAAAAAACGCUCUAAGUCGUCUCCGAGUUCAAAGCAUUCCACAAACAAUGGCAAGGCAGAGUCACCAGAAACGGGCACCUGAUUUCCAUGAUAAAUAUGGUAAUGCUGUAUUAGCUAGUGGAGCCACUUUCUGUAUUGCUGUAUGGGCAUAUACAGCAACACAAAUUGGAAUAGAAUGGAACCUGUCCCCUGUUGGCAGAGUCACCCCAAAGGAAUGGAGGGAUCAGUAAUCCCAGCUGGUGUAAUAAUGAAUUGUUUCAAAACCAACUCAUAAUUGAUGCCAGGUGAAAGCACUGUGCACCUACUAAAAUAUGGCAUGAUUUAAGAAAUAAAGUACAUUUGAAACCUUCAAAAAAAAAAAAAAAAA